UUCGUUCAUUAGAAUUGAGCUUCCCAUUUUAUAUCGAACCAUCGGAGUGUGAGGUUUUAUCUGAUAAUUUUAUUAUAGAUAAUUUUGCAAAGCAAAAAAUUCAGUCAAUAACUAGACGACCCUUGUACGCUGCUUUCAGUUUUUUGUUUUUCAAGCUUUGAUUUUAAAAAAUGGCUGAAGAAGUUCCACCGCCAAAUUACAAUCCUGACACAGAAUGUUUGUUUGAUAUCGAAGACUCAGAUUUAAGACUUCUAAGUGACCUGUACAAGGAAAACGAGCAGAAUCCUUAUGCGACCAGUUUACUAGAUAAUGGUAUAAGGAUUAGAGAUUUGAUGAAGGGUUAUCCAUUGAGAUUUAUGUCGCCUCUUGGAGUAUGGAAGGAUAGUGGAACUUUCAUCGCUAACAUAGAGUUCGACAGUUGCAUUGAAGUAGGCGUUUUUACUCUAAACCCCGAAGACGAAUAUUCCUACAACGACGCCAUCUUUUCCGGCUUAAAUUUUACGAAAAGGAUAAAUUUCGACAGCAACAAGCGACCAGUUAUCUUCAAAGAAAUUCACGAAAAACUCGUACCGCUCAUCAAAAGGAUUGUUAGGAAAAGAUUCUUGCAAAUUGAAAAGGAAGAAAAAUUUCACGUAUUUAAAAUGAUUAAGGAUGACGCUAUACAGCUUGAAGUUUCUAUCUCCGAGGAUGCUAACAUAGAAAUCAAACCUUUAAAUGCAAUUCAUUCAUUCGUAAUAAAGGAACACUGGCCGCAUCCCCUCAUAGGAGAAGACGAUAUUCCCUGCGCUCUAAUUGAUGUUAACGGAGGCUAUGGAAUUUUCCUGAAAUCCACCGGCCAACUGGUCUCGUGGGGCAUCAAAACCAUGAUGGGUCAAAUCGGAUUCGUUCAAACAUUAAAAGAAUUUCAAAGGAAAGGGUAUGCCUCCAUUAUCGUGAGAAAAUUUGCUAAAGAAUUCGCCAGUGAAGGGAUAAAUCCAUGCGCUAUUGUAGCUAUUGACGAUAUUGUUUCGCAUAACUUUUUCGAAAAUAAUGGUUUUAAAAAAGUUGGUUAUUGCCACAAUAUUUAUUUGAAAUUGAGAAAGAAUGCGCUUGCCACUGAUAAUUAUGAAGCUGGUGAAGGUACAAGUAAAAGUUAGACAUACGUUCUAAUUUUAUUUGUAUUGAAGCUAUAAUUCACUGGAAUAUUCUAUUUUAAAAAUAAUGUUUUGAUAUUUUAACUAUAAAAAGAAAUUUUUCUAAAUUAAAAUUUCAAUGCUGGUGGAUAUUCUAAAUUCUUUUAUAACAUAUUUUUUAAAGAAAUAGUUACAGUGUUUUAUAGCUUUUCUAUUAUAUUAGUAAUUAUCUCUCAUAUUUCAAGAAAUCUGUUUAUUCAGGGAACAAUUUCGUUUUAUAUUUAAAUGUAUUUUUGAUAAUUUAGUUUGUAAAUCAUUCGUAUAUGAUGUUUAUUAUUAUUAUUAUUAUUUUAGAACGCUAUAUACAUUUAUGUAUGCAUUAAAUCCAACAUAUAGUUAACUAAAAAACCCGGCCAACGUGAUUGUAAUUGUGUAAGUGUAAGUUUUAUGUGUAUCAUAAUUUUUACUAUAUUUUAAAUUCAAUAGAUGUAAGUUCCAAUUUAUGUAACUGUACUUGCUAAGAAUCUAUUUUAAUAUACAUAAUUUUAAUUCUUA